AUGUCUGAGAACAAAGUCGAGCAGCUCCGAGAUGAGGGCUCUCGCAUGCAGGUCGUUGCCGCUGGUGCCAUAGCCGGUCUUGUUUCGAGAUUCUGCAUCGCGCCUUUGGACGUCGUCAAGAUCCGUCUGCAACUGCAGAGUCACUCUCUCUCCGAUCCGCUAUCAUACGCCAACCAAGCCCAUAAGGGUCCCGUCUACAAGGGCACCAUCUUCACCCUCAAGACCAUCCUUCGCGAAGAAGGUUUGACCGGUCUAUGGAAAGGCAAUGUGCCUGCUGAAGGCAUGUACCUGGCGUAUGGUGGCAUUCAAUUUCUGGCAUAUCGCUCUGCGACUCAGGCCAUAGAAGAUCUCACUCCAAACUAUAAACUGCCUGGUACUGCUGUCAGCUUCGUUGCUGGGGCUGUUGCAGGCACCGCUGCCACUACAGCCACAUACCCGCUCGACCUCCUUCGCACGCGCUUCGCUGCCCAGGGCAACGAUCGUGUCUACACUUCCCUUCGCUCCUCCAUUCGCGAUAUCGCAAAGAACGAAGGACCAAAAGGCUUCUUUCGAGGCUUGGGUGCUGGCAUUGGCCAGAUUGUGCCAUACAUGGGUCUAUUCUUCGCUUUCUAUGAGUCACUGAAACCCGCCUUUGCCGGCGUGUCGAUGCCUCUGCACUCGCUCGGUUCUGGCGAUGCCAUAGCAGGUGUGCUAGCUAGCAUGAUGUCAAAGACCGUCGUCUUCCCACUUGACACGGUCAGAAAGAGAUUGCAGGUUCAAGGUCCCACACGAGCAAAGUAUGUGCACAAGAACAUUCCUGCCUACGAUACUGGUGUCGUUCGCACCUUGACCUCAAUCGUGGCCAAAGAAGGAGCGCGAAGUCUGUACAGAGGCUUGACCGUUGGACUGUUCAAAGCUGCUCCCGCCAGUGCCAUUACCAUGUGGACCUACGAGAGAGCCAUACAUAGCUUGCAGUCUUUCGACGCGCUGGAAGGAAAGCACUGA